AUGGAGCGAGAAUCAUCGGGCACCAACAUUCCCCCAAAUCUUUCUCUCCAUGCCAUCUUCAUGAGAGUGGGCAAAGGCUGUGGACGGUGUCGCCAUCGCCAUCUCCGCUGUGUGAUUCCUCCGGGGGCUACAGCUUGUGCCCCUUGUACUCGUCUCGGCCGCGACUGUCAACUGGACCCGCGUUUCCAAUUCAAGGCCGUCCAUCAUGUCUACCAUAAAAGCCAGGGCUCAGCGGCUCGAUUCGACUUGAAUUGGGAUGAAGGGCAGGUAUGGGUGGAUGUGUCAAAGCCUGUGACGUUUAUCCUCGAGGCCGAUGAGUUGAAUGAAAAUCAGGAAAUCGAAACACCAAGGGAAGGCUCUUUGGUACCACCUUGGUCAGCACACGAAGCUCUGCAUGCAAAUAAUGAUAUUAUGGCGGAAGAGCGACCAGCUAUGCAGCCUCUGUCGCAGGAGGGCGGAGAGCAAUUGCAUCCGGCCUGUGCUAGCCCCCAGACAUCUGCGCAAGAACAAGGUUCUACCUUAUCGCUUCGAGAAGCAUCUCUGAUGCGGUGUUUUAUUCAGAAGAUCGCCCCCUGGUUCAACCAGGCGGACAUCUGUGAUCCUCAAUCCCAUUUUAGUACGCUGGUGCCCCAACGUGCCCUGCAAGUCCCCAUGGUGUUGAAGGCGGUCUUAGCUCUGGCUGCUCGACACGAUGCCAUCAUGACUGGGAAAAGCGACUGGGAGGCGUCCUCCUAUCUCGGCCAAUGCCUCGAGUUACUGAUCCCAGCGCUGGAUAAGCCCGAGCACACCUACGACGAGAGCCUCUUGAUCACGGUAGUUAUACUGCGGAUCUGUGAGGAGCUGGAAAAUAACACAGAUGAGAAGUUUCAUCUUCUUGGAUCAAAUCGUUUAAUUAAUCUGAUGUCUCGUUCAGCUUCGUCUGGAGGACUAUCAGAAGCUGUAAGUUGGCAGUUUUUGCGACAAGCCAUAUACGCAUCUAUAGUGCAGCAUCAGCCAUUGCAGCUAAACCUGCACAACUAUGAGUGCUCGGCCAUGUUUCAACGAAAUGACGAUGCCGCCGUUGCCAACAUGAUUGUUUUUCAUUGCGCCAAUAUCAUCCAACUCUGCCGCGAUGUGCCUAGGAUGCCAGUUGACGAAACAACCUGGCAUCGCAUCUCCCAUUCUGUGGAGGAGUGGCACCGCUCGAAGCCCCCAACUUGGCAGCCGCUCCGAUACCAACCUCCAGAUGCUACGGCUGACCGCCCGUUCCCUGAAAUUUGGAUGAUGUCAGGCCCUGCUGUCGUCGGAAUGCAGUACUUUCACACGGCAAGGAUCUUUAUAACUUUGUCAGAUCCCCAUUCACAAUCAAUGAGCGACUAUGAGCUGGCCCGGAGCCGGCGUGUCGCAGAGCGAACAAUCGCGACCCAUAUACUGACCGUAGUGGGGCUAUCCUGGUCAAAUGAGAGUGUUGAAAAUGGGUACUUUAUGGCCUGCCAUCUUCUACAUCGCUUUGGCUACUGCCUCCACCAUCCAGCUGAGCAACAGGGAUCAUUGCGAUUUCUAAGUCGGGUGGAAGAAGUAUUAGGUUGGCGAACGGCGUGGAUUAAAGAACAGCUUGAACGCCAGUGGACUGAGUUGGCCGAAGUAGAUCCACUGAACCGCUGA